UUGCAGGAAGAAUUUCUUAUCAUUUCGAUCGAGUGAGUUUUGUUAUGUAAUGCACUUUCGUCUUUAUUUAUAGUAAUAAAUUGUUGUCUUUUGUUUAAACUCGCUCAUUUUUUUUUUGUAGCUCUACAACAGAGAAAUUUCUUGUCUUUUGUUUAAACAAAGUUGAAAGUGAAGAAGUACCAAUUGAAGUUCACUUGUUUGUUUCACAAAAUCAAUUCCAAGGUACUUCUGAGUUCUAAUUUGUAAUAUUUGAUGAAUGGAAGUCUUGAUUUGUGUUUACUGAACUUAUUUGUUUGACGUUGUAACCGGUGUACGUGAAACUAUUUUGAUGUAAUUGUGUGAAUUUAGAGUAUUGCGUUGUUGACUUUUUGUUUAAUUUAAAGUUGACUUUUCUAUUGUAUAGGUGAUUUUUUUAUGAUAUGAUAAAGACACCCCCUUGGCCAAUUUCCUGGCUCCGCCAAUGACCAUGCCCAUCGAGACCAUUAAUUUGAUUCGAUAUUGGAAGCUAUUUCAAAAUACCUUUCUUUCACUUAAAGGGCUCCCCUCUAUUUCUAAAUCCUCUGCCUAUUUUCAAAAAAACCAAUAACCAAAUACAACACAACAUACCACUUUUCAUAUUUGAGCCCCUCUUUUAAAUCAUCAAAAUACCAAAGCAAAGUGGAAUAUGGAGUCAUAUUUUUUAAAAACCAUAAACAUCAAUCUCAAGAUAAUACACCUCCACCAUAAACACCACACGACUCCUUGAUUCAAAACCGUCACAGAUUUACAAAGCCACUCAUUAAUCCAAAAAGAAACCAUUCGGAACCCAUCUUAUCAAAUGAUCAAAUUUGAGUUCUCAAACCAUGAAAACUGAAAACCCUGAAAAGUGACCCCAAAUACCAGUCAAACCCACAAACUUGAAACCAGAACCCACAAUAUACAUAUUUCCAGAAUCAAACACUCAAAAUACCAACACCCAAAUCAUUCAAAUUAAACCGAACGACAUAAACCAAUCAUUAAUCCCGAAAUACCAAAACCACCAAACAAAAUCCCUCACCAUCACACACCCACAGUUCAUCAAGUAUACAACCAACUCCCAAAAUUACCAUACAUACAUACCCAUAUUUCCAAUUACAACAAAGAGAAAUCAACCACAACAAAACUAAGGCAUAAUUUUAGUCCCAAAAGCCAGGUAUACUCCCACGAUUUCUCAGAAUCCACAAAUACAACAGGCAAUCUCAGCACACAAAUAGCACCAUUCCAAAACCCACCACAAGAAAAGUUCCCCUUGGCAAUUGGUAUUAUCACCGACGAAGCUCAGAGCUUCCGACAACAACCUUUCCUUUCUCUCCUAUCAGAACUAAUUCCGUCUCUUCCCCCUCAGCCGAACCAUUAAACCCAGACAAUAAAAAUAAUCAAGACGAGUCAAUAUCCAAAAUCCAAAUUCGAAAUAAAAAUUAAAUUUAACUAACCUCCUCGUCGUGUCAGUCGUCGGCGCUGUCACCGAAGCUCGCUGCUGAAGACUUGUCUUCUCCCUCGGCUCUUCUUCUCGAUACCUAGGGGUUUCAGUUCGGUUUCCCAUUAGACGCUAACCGUCUGGUUGAACCAAUAAAUGUCAGUUAGCGGCUAACCGAAAAUCAAAGUUUAUCAAACGCGGUCGGUUGUCGGCAAUGAGUUUGGUUGCUUCGGUUAGCCGAAUAACCGAAGCUAACCGACCGACCCCUUCAAUGUCCAUAAGGCGUCGUUCCCCAUCAAAACACCGCCGAUUCAGCAAUUUUCAUCUAAUUUUUUUUAAAACCAUCUACCGACCCUACCUGCCUCCUUCAUCGACCUCACCUCUCAUUCUCAGUCUCCCCCACCGCCUUCAACCCUCCACCCUCCAAACCCUUCACGAAUCACGAUGCCUCAUCCCUUCCCAACCCCCGUCGACUGCCGUCUCCCCUCGCCUCGCCGACCACGACCCUUCUUCAAGAAUCGCCAUCUUCUUCCAACAGCCACCACCAUUAUCGCCUCCGCCUUUGCGUUGCGUCGCUCGUCCGCCACCUGAAGACAUGCUGCCGGUGAUGGCCGACAAGUCCGCUCAUCCGCCACCCAAGUCCGCUCAUCCGCCACCUCUUCCUCGCCUCCUGAUGCCGCUCCUCCUCCUUCGCAGAGGAAGCAAUGGAGAAAAGAAGAAGAAGUUUGGAGGGUUGCAGAGGGCGCAAAAGUUAAACUGCUCACAGCAUAAAGUGUGAGUAGAUACUCACUAAGAGGAGGGAGGCCGUGGGCACUUUUUCGGGCGAGCCAAAAUUUUGGGCUGAGAAAGUGGGCAGUUUUUGGGCGGCCCAAAAUUUUGGGCGGGAGGUGGGCAGCUUUUUGGGCGGCCCGAAAUUUUGGGCGGGAAGUUGGAGAAGGAAGGAAAAAUUCGGGUCUGGUGGGGGCGGCCCGAAAUUUUGGGCGGGAAGUUGAAUAUGAAGGAACAAUUCGGGUCUGGUGGCUUGCAGCCUUGUAAGGGCUGCCCGCCGAGGGCCCAUGGGCCGAAGGCUCAUAAAACAGUUUUUUGGGCCGAUAUUGACAUGGCCUGAUAGGAUAUGUUUUUGUAAAAGGACGAAUAUUGGUAUGACAUUAUGAGAUACUAGUAUGGGUUUUACAGAUAUUUGUUGACAUGUGUUGGCAUAAUAUCAAUUCCUAAUUCCCUCAAGUUUUUUCGACACGCGUUCAGUUAUGCAUUGUCAUUAAUAAGUUGUCUUGUGCAGGGAUGUUUGUAGGUUUUCGUCGUCGAUGGUGUUCCUUAUGGUUGAGAGAUCAAUUCACAGUCGGGACAAUUUUUUGGGCCGAUAUUGACAUGGCCUGACAGGUUUUUUUUUUGUAAAAGGACGAAUAUUGGUAUGACAUUAUGAGAUACUAGUCUGGGUUUUACAGAUAUUUGUUGACAUGUGUUGGCAUGAUACUAGUCUGGGUUUUACAGAUAUUUGUUGACAUGUGUUGGCAUAAUAUCAAUUCCUAAUUCCCCUAAGUUUUUUUCGACACUCGUUCAGUUAUGCAUUGUCAUUAAUAGUUGUCUUGUGCAGGGAUGUUUGUAGGUUUUCGUCGUUGAUGGUGUUCCUUAUGGUUGAGAGAUCAAUUCACAGUCGCGAUGUUGACUACGCAAGCCAGCGAGUCGUGCAAUGCACAAGUGCGACUUUUCUUGAAAAUGAUUUGGACUUGUUUUUCAUUCACUUUAGCAGGUACGCAGAAUAUUUCUUUGUCUUUCUUUGAUAUUAGUCUACUUAAAUUUUGGAUAUUUUUCAGCGUUGUCCGGAUAUUUAUAUGCUAUUGUUAAAUAUUACUUUGUUUAGUUGGGAUAUUAGUAUUGGUUUGAGUGGAUAUUAGUCUGGGCACUAAACUCUUUCUCGUGCUUUGUAAAUGUAGUUUGUUGGCUGAAAAAAGACGCAAGGAGACU